AUGUGCUUGAAACUUCUUACGGAUCACACUAAUUUAAAAAUUAUUCAUCACAAGUUUUUCGAAUCGGGACAUACCGAGAUGGAGUGUGAUUCACUCCACUCGAAAAUCGAACAGAAAUCAAAAUAUGUUCCGGUUUAUUCACCCGAAGGUUGGGCUCAGAUAAUAAGAAGUGCUCGAACACACCCACGUCCUUUUGAAGUCAGAUUCAUAAUGUUUGAUGAUAUCUUUGAUUUUAAGUCCUUUGGAACACAAAACUAUAAAUUGAGCCAGAUUCCUUGGCAACAAGUUUGCUGGUUACGAUACAUUAAAACCGACACUGUGGUGAUAAUGUCAUAUAAAAAAAAUUUUGGAGAUGAAUUUCAACAAGUUGACAGCAUAAAAAGUCGUGGAAGACCCAAAAACGUUGACUUGAAAAAAGCCUAUGAUAAGCAGUUACCAAUUGCGAUUGCUAAAUAUAAAGAUCUGCAAAAAAUGUGUAAAGAUUUAAUAAUUCCAAAGAACUAUCAUAACUUUUAUAAUUCUAUAAAUGCUGAUAAAAAUAUAAGAGACAAUUUGCCGGAGCCAAAUGAAAGCGAAAUUUCUGACGAAAACUAA